AUGAGAAAUUCCACAGCAGUAACACACUUUAUUCUUCUUGGAUUGACAAGUGACCCACAGUGGCAGAUUGUACUCUUCAUAUUUCUUCUUGUUACCUACAUGCUAAGCGUGACUGGGAACCUAACCAUUAUCACCCUCACCCUUUCAGAUCCCCACCUGCAGACCCCCAUGUAUUUCUUCCUUAGGAGUUUCUCAUUCUUAGAAAUAUCAUUCACAUCUGUCUGCAUUCCCAGAUUCCUGGUCACCAUCGUGACAGGAGACAGAACCAUUUCCUAUAACGGUUGUGUGGCUCAGCUAUUUUUUUUCAUCUUCUUGGGGGUAACAGAAUUUUAUCUUCUGGCUGCCAUGUCCUAUGACCGUUAUGUGGCCAUCUGCAAACCUCUUCAUUACACAGCCAUCAUUAGCACCAGGGUCUGUAUCCUUCUUGUCUUUAGCUCCUGGCUUGCAGGAUUCCUGAUCAUCUUUCCACCAAUAAUCCUUCUUCUGCAGUUGGAUUUCUGUGCCUCCAAUAUAAUUGAUCAUUUUAUCUGCGAUUCUUCUCCAAUUUUGCAGCUUUCUUGUACAAACACUCACUUUCUAGAACUCAUGGCAUUUUGUUUAGCUGUGAUAACACUCAUGGUCACCUUGACAUUAGUUAUUCUCUCCUAUACAAAUAUUAUCCGGACAAUUCUGAGAAUUCCUUCUAGGAGUCAAAGGAAAAAAGCCUUUUCCACUUGUUCCUCCCAUAUAAUAGUUGUUUCCCUCUCUUAUGGUAGUUGCAUCUUCAUGUACAUAAAGCCUUCUGCAAGGGAAAGAGUGACUUUAAGCAAAGGAGUAGCUGUGCUUAAUACUUCAGUGGCUCCUCUUUUGAAUCCCUUCAUAUACACACUAAGAAAUCAGCAAGUGAAACAAGCCUUUAAGAGCAUGGUCCAAAGGAUAAUCUUUUCUUCAAAAAAAUCAAUGUGA